CUGUCGCCUAUUUCUAUUCCUCCUCUUCCUCCUCCUCCUCCUCUCCGACCGGCUGCUCGACAAUAACACCACCGGCUCCAGCGUGUGUCCACCACUUUUUAUUUUGUAUUUUUUUAUAUAUAAUCUCUAUUUGUUUUCUCCUCUUUUGAUUUUGGCGUCCGAAGCUCCACCAAAAAAAAAAAGAAAAAAGAAGAGGAAGAAGAAGAAGAAAAAGAAGAAGCGUUUCAACUUCAAACCGACUCGCGCCCUCCGGUACAUGGGAAAAUACGGCUCCGCCAGGCGCAUUUAUUCUCUCCAACCGGAGAGGUGGAAAAACGUUUGAGGACUUAAAAAAAGAAGAAGACCACCCCCCCGACCCCCCCUCCUCUCCUCACCUCCAUCCCUCCACCCGCGAAAAAACCCCACCAAAACAAACCCCGCCGCGCUCCGUGGACGCAGCAGCGCACCAUGAGAACACCACCUCCUCCUCCACCACCUCCACCACCAAGAUGUUAUUUACGAUAGCCUCGAUCCACGCCGCGUUGGAGUCAGAGGAGAUACCCCCGGAUGCGUCGCUUCUCUCCGGACCUCACGCGUCUCCUCGUGCGUGCUCUUCGGAAGUGACGAUGACGAUGGGAGGAGCUGGCGUGGGCCGCUGUGUCUAAAUGAAGAGGUUCAGCCAUGCAAUGUUCCUGGAAGGCAGUGAUUCUACUGGCCUUGGCCUCCAUCGCCAUCCAGUACACGGCCAUCCGGACGCUCACCUCCAAGCCUUUCCAGCUGUGCCCGUUGCCCAGCCCCCAGAACUGUGGUCUCGGGGGCCAGGAGACCGAACCCCCCUUUGAGCGGGCGGGCUGCGACGACUACCCGUACUUCUCUGUCAACGCCACGCGCAAGACGCACAUCCUGGUGCUGGCCACCACCCGCAGCGGCUCCUCCUUCGUGGGCCAGCUGCUCAACCAGCACCAGGAGGUGUUCUACCUGUUCGAGCCGCUGUACCACGUCCAGACCACGCUGAUCCCGCGCCUGUCGCACAGCCGCAACGCCGCCGACCGCCGCGUGAUGCUGGGCGCCAGCCGGGACCUCCUGCGCAGCCUGUACGGCUGCGACCUCUACUUCCUGGAGAGCUACAUCAAACCCACGCCCGCCAACCACACCACGGACCGGCUGUUCCGCCGCGGCGCCAGCCGGGCGCUGUGCCAGCAGCCCGUGUGCGACGCCUUCGGCCCGGCCGACGCCGACGUCGAGGAAGGGGACUGCGUGAAGAAGUGCGCCGCCCUGAACAUGACCUCGGCGACGGAGGCGUGCCGCGAGAAGCGCCACGUGGCCAUCAAGGUCGUCCGGGUGCCGGAGAUCGGAGACCUGCGCGCCUUGGUGGAGGACCCGCGGCUGAACAUCAAGGUGAUCCAGCUGGUCCGGGACCCGCGGGGCAUCCUGUCGUCGCGCAUCGAGACGUUCAGGGACACGUAUCGCCUGUGGCGGAUCUGGAGGGCGACGGGGCGACGUCCCUACAAUCUGGACUCGAGUCAGCUCACGGUGGUUUGUGAGGACUUCCUCAGCUCCGUGUCCACCGGUCUCAGCCACCCCUAUUGGCUGAAAGGGAAAUACAUGUUGGUGCGCUACGAGGAUUUGGCCAGGAACCCGCUCCUCAAGACCAAGGAGAUCUACGACUUCCUGGGGUUGCCUUUGGAUAGAAACGUGGAAGACUGGAUACACGCCAACACCAGGGGAAGCAGCGAGCCCUCGGCCAAACACAAGUUCGGCACGGUGAGGGACUCGGCGGCGAACGCCGAGAGCUGGCGCCUCAAACUGUCUCACGACAUGGUCGAGUACACGCAGACCGUGUGUCACAAGGUGCUCCACCAGCUGGGAUACAAGGCGGUGAAAUCGGCCGAGGAACUGAAGAACAUGUCCCUCUCGCUGGUGCAGGACAAAACUUUUGUACCCUUUUUGUAACAAAGAUAGUUCUCUAAUGACUAUUUUUGAUAUAUUUAUAACUGUCGCCUUAUGAUUUCCCUCCGCGUCGGUCUUCGUUUCUGUACUUUUUGGGGUUUCUUGAAGAAUUUGCACUAAAGAU